AUGAAUGUGAUGAAAAACAAUUUCAAAAAUAAGUUUGUCAGUAACUCUUUUAUUAAUCAAAGUUUAAUUGAUGAAUAUUGCAUUACUAAUUCUGAUGGUAUCACUGAGUGUAAUGUUGAAAUUACCGGAAUUGAUCCUACCUCUUAUCCUGCACAUCUUGUUAGACCAAUCCCUCUAACUGAGAAUAUUAUUGCUUUUCCUAUCUCAAAUGGAGUGUUUCAUGCUGUUCAUGAACAACUCAAGCACUUCCCUGAUUGCAAUCCAUCUGUGAAUGAGUCAAAAUCAGAUACUGACAGUUUAUCACCUAACACUAAUCAAACUCAAACUGAUAUUGUAUUCAGUCGUGACUCAAUGAUAAGCAAAAGGACUCAAAGCUCUCUUGGUGAAUCUUACAUGCAAUGUGUUGAAGAAUCCAUUCAUGUGAAGUUUGAUGAGGAAUCAUACACUGAUGAAAAAGUCACUCAUUCUCCUUCUAUCUUUCAAGAGCUUCUCUCUUGUCCAUUCGAUGAAGCACCUUCUGCAGAAGAUAAGACUGAUUCCUCUGAUCCUAUCAUUCCAGUUCCAUGUUCCUUGAAUCAAGAUAUUGCAGCCACAUCAGCAGAUAAUUCAUUAAGUGCUGAUGAAACCCUUGAAGCUGAAGAUUCUCCUGAAACUGAUAAUGUGUCAGUGUCUAUCUCUCCGGAAUCAGCAUCAGUCAUUGAACAUCGAGAUCAUCCUGUUGAUCGAAUUAUAGGGAAUAUUCAUGAUGGUGUCCGAACCAGAUCUAGUGCACUUAAUAACUUUUGCAUAAUUCUCAAAUACUCUCCAAUGGCGGCAUCUCUGUUCACAUACUCCUCAACCUCUCGAAGAGUCGUUCCUGCCCCAAACUCUCCUCCACUUCCAAUUCACAUCAAGGCAACCAAUGUCGUCUUCAACCCUGACAUUCCAGAGGUUCAUCGAGGUCUUGGACUCGAUGAUUUCGUCAAUUUCUUGGCUUCUUGCCGAUAUGCAAUCAGUGAUGUACCGUCCGAGUUCUUCCCUGAACAAGUAUGUGAGUUUUACUAUACUGCAACAGUUAAUGAAGAAAACAAUGCCAUCACCGGAACCAUUGGUCAUGGCAGACACUCUGUCUUCAUCACCGCAGAACUACUCAGUGCUGCUUUAAGGUUACCAAUUUUCGAACCCUUUUCUGAACCUCCAACUAUUGAAAGAUGUAAACGAAUAUUUGAUCAACUGGGCUAUGAUCAUUCAAAGGCUGGUACUCGAUCAGCUCUUAUUUUGCGUCAGUGCAUGACCCCAGGCUGGAAGUUUUUCACUGGUGCUUUAUGCAAGUGUGUGGGUCACAAGUCUCGCAGUGGUGAUCAAUUGAGCAAUUAUGAGCAACAAGUCGUCUGCUCCCUUCUUCUCAACAAAAGAUUAGAUUAUGGGGCACUAUUCUUUGAUCAGCUUGUUCAGCUUCUACGUGCAAAUGUGCGUGCUGAUCAUGUUCCCUUUCCACGCUGGAUUGCCCUGGUGUUCGACAAAUUCUUCGCUGCUGACUACUUUUCUCACUCUGGGAAUCCAAUCCAAUGCCCUCGAAUGUCCGUUCGUAUGUAUCAGGAUGAUCCUUUGGAUACUGACAUUGGAAUCUCCGAUAGGAUGAGAGAAUGGAUUGCCAAUCCAUACACUAUGCCUUCUCUCACCGCUGACACUGAUGAAGGAGGUGCUGAUGGUAAUCGUAUGGAUCAUGCUGAUCAAGAGGUGGAACAUCAUGAUGGCGGCCAUUUCUCCCCUCAACUUUCUCAUCACCUCAUCUCAAGCCACUGGCAAAGCCUCCUCAGCACCACAGGAUUCCAUGCCUCUGGGGGGCAACCAUCACAGGAGGAGCAUCAGUCUCAGGGGGAGCAUUUAUCACCAGCAGCUCACCACUUCUCUCCAAGGAUGCAACCUAGCUCUCCAGUUGUCCCAGGUACCUCAAUGGUUCAAAUUCCCGCUUCAGCAUUUUCUGAACUGAUGUCACUGACUCGGGACAUGAGUCAACAUCUGCUUCGUAUUGAGGCUGAUGUUCAACAAAUCAAGGAGGUUCUCUUACUUACUCCUCCCUCUAGUGCCAAAUCUAAUGAUGUUCAAAAAGGGGGAGAUACUGAUGAUGAUGCUGAUGCUGAUGAUCAUGCUGAUGGUGAACCAAAUGAGAAAGACACAGAACCUGCUGACAACAUUAUCUUUCAGCAUGAUUCUGCGGGGCAUAAUAGUCCAGCAGCUACUGAAAAAUUGUUUGAAGACAGUGAGCAUGAUGAAGAGCAUGAUGAACCUAAUGAUGAAUGUCAAAUUCUUGACAUGAACUUCAUUGAUCCUCUCAUUCCAGUUCAGCAAGAAAGGUUAGAUGACCUUGAAGAAUCUCAUUCGAUAUUACCCGAUCCUAUUGCUGAUCCCAUCAUUCCAAUCCAAGGAGAGGAUUCGGACAUUGCCAGUGAAAAAUCUCCUCCGCUGUCUCGAAAGCGGAAGACUUUGGUGCUGGUGUAA